AGCUUAAUCAGGAUCACACAACAAUAAUGAAUGGAAACGCGUCGUAGCCAAGAAAGUUGAGCAGCAACUAACAAAGUAAUUGUUAGUCGCCAUUUGAAAGUUAUCUGUCUCAAGGGGAACUCUGUUGUAAGUAAUGGAUUGGCCAGGCAAAUUAGAAAUUACUUUCUGGAAGAGAAAGCAGCUGUACUUUUAUUGUUACUUUUGAAAGUUAAGUUUUUGAAGGGAAACUACAGUGGGACACACUGUAAACCUGAGCGCGUGAGUAAGUGUAAAUGGCAUUUUGGGACAUUAAUACGAGACUACUGCACUGUCAGCUGUUUAUCUCGGUUUGGAGAAGUGGAUUAUUUGGAUUAAUCCGUUAAUGAAAUUGUUGGAAUACUUUUUUGAUUAUUUUUACUUGGAUUAUCAACACUGAAGGAUUGCGAGGGUUCAAGCUGACUAGAGGAUACAGCGCAUCUGGGGGAAAAUGGGUAAUAUAGAAAGUGUGGACGGCCAGUCGGAGAUGAAGCAUCACAUCAUGCCUCUGAAGGUGCCCAUGCCUGACCCCACCGAGCUGGAGGAAAAAUUUGCCAUUGUUUUGAAUUCUAUGAACCUGCCUCCAGACAAAGCAAGGCUCCUCAGACAGUAUGACAAUGAGAAGAAGUGGGACCUGAUCUGCGACCAGGAGAGGUUUCAGGUGAAGAAUCCGCCUCACACCUACAUCCAGAAGCUACGAGGUUACUUAGACCCUGGAGUCACACGAAAGAAGUUUCGCAGGCGGGUGCAGGAAUCUACAAAGGUCUUGAGGGAGCUGGAGAUCUCACUGAGGACAAACCACAUCGGGUGGGUCAGGGAGUUCCUCAAUGAUGAGAACAGAGGUCUUGACGUGCUGGUGGAGUACCUCUCCUUUGCCCAGUGUGCUGUCAUGUUGGAUUUUGAGGGGCUGGAGAAUGGGGAGGAUGGCUUCUUGGACAAGACUAAAUCUUGGAGCAGGUCCAUAGAGGAUCUGCACCAUACAAGCACCCAACCCUUCUGCAACACACUGGUGCGCUCUGCCCGCCAGUCUGUCCUCCGCUAUGGCUCGGUUUCAAACACCAAAACCAUCAAGAACUCCCGCCUCGUGAGCCAAAAAGAUGAUGUGCAUGUGUGCAUCAUGUGCUUGAGAGCAAUAAUGAACUAUCAGUAUGGCUUCAACAUGGUCAUGUCUCACGCACACGCAGUCAAUGAAAUUGCUCUCAGCUUGAACAAUAAGAACUCACGGACAAAAGCCUUGGUCCUUGAGCUGCUAGCCGCCGUCUGUCUAGUACGAGGAGGUCAUGAGAUCAUCCUCUCAGCAUUUGACAACUUCAAAGAGGUAUGUAAGGAGAAGCAUCGCUUUGAGAGACUGAUGGAUUACUUCCGCUGUGAGGAGGGAAACAUCGACUACAUGGUUGCGUGCAUGCAGUUCAUUAACAUCGUGGUCCACUCAGUUGAGGACAUGAACUUCAGAGUCCAUCUGCAGUAUGAAUUCACCAAGCUGGGGCUGGAUGAUUACCUGGAGAAAUGUAAACAUACGGAGAGUGACAAGCUGUCAGUGCAGAUCCAGGCCUACCUGGAUAACGUGUUUGACGUGGGUGGUCUGCUGGAAGAUGCGGAGACGAAGAAUGCGGCUCUGGAGAAGGUGGAGGAACUGGAGGAGCACCUGUCCCAUGUGACGGAGAAGCUGCUGGAGGUUGAGAAUGAAACAAUGAUGAAAGUAGCUGAUCUGGAGAAGCUGCUCCUUCAGAAAGAUAAGGACCUGCAAGUAAUACGGGAGACAUACGAGUCGACCAACACCCAGGUCAACACCCUGAGGAGGAUGAUCAAGGAGAAGGAUGCUGCCUUCCAGAGGCACAACAACAUCGAGAGGCGGCUGCUGGAGCUCGAACAGCAAGGCACCAUCCGUUUGCACAAGAAGCCUGAUGGAGACAUUGCCAUCGAGCCGCUGGGUGUCAGGGGUGUUGGGAGUAGUGGCCUUGGGACCCCACUGGGUGACAUUGGGCAGCUGUCUUUGGGUUCAACAGCUGGGUUAACAGAACCAGGAGGACCAGACUCCAGUUUACCACCUGCCAGUGAGGCUCCUCCACCUCCUCCCCCACCUCCACCACCUCCUCCUCCUCUUCCCUCUGCCUCAGGCUCGAAUGCACCAGUCCCACCACCGCCACCUCCUCUCGCUCCACCUCUGCCGGGCGCUUCUCCCUCAGUUAUCCUGAGUGUGGGUCUCUCAGCUAUCAGAAUCAAGAAGCCCAUCAAGACCAAGUUCCGCCUGCCUGUGUUUAAUUGGACGGCCUUGAAGCCCAAUCAGAUCAAUGGGACAGUCUUCAACGAGAUUGAUGAUGAACGUGUGCUAGAGGUGCUGGAUCUGGAGAAGUUUGAGGAAAUGUUUAAGACCAGAGCUCAGGGUCCGAUUGUGGAUCUUUCCUGCACAAAGAGUAAAGUAGCACAGAAGGCAGUAAACAAAGUCACUCUUCUGGACGCCAAUCGCUCCAAGAACUUAGCCAUCACACUGCGAAAGGCUAACAAGACCACAGAAGAGAUCUGCAAAGCAAUAGAGAAGUUUGACCUCAAGGCCUUACCUGUGGACUUUGUGGAGUGUCUGAUGCGUUUUCUGCCCACCGAGUCAGAGGUGAAGGUGCUGCGUCAGUACGAGCGUGAGCGGCGUCCACUGGACCAGCUAGCGGAGGAAGAUCGCUUCAUGUUAUUAUUCAGCAAGAUUGAAAGGCUCACGCAGAGAAUGAACAUCAUCACCUUUGUUGGGAAUUUUUCUGACAAUGUCAGCAUGCUCACACCACAGCUAAAUGCAAUCAUUGCUGCUUCUGGGUCAGUGAAAUCUGCACCGAAAUUGAAAAGGAUACUUGAGAUCAUCUUAGCCUUGGGAAACUACAUGAACAGCAGCAAGCGAGGCUGCGUUUAUGGCUUCAAAUUACAAAGUCUUGAUCUGCUGUUGGACACUAAGUCUACAGACAGGAAGAUGACAUUGCUCCACUACAUAGCUCUCAUUGUGAAAGAGAAGUACCCUGAACUGGCCAACUUCUACAAUGAACUGCACUUUGUGGAUAAAGCUGCAGCAGUAUCUCUGGAAAAUGUGCUGCUGGAUGUUCGAGAGCUGGGGAAAGGCAUGGAUCUGAUCCGGAGAGAGUGCAGUCUCCACGACCAUUCAGUCCUGAAAGGCUUCGUCCAGGCCAGUGACACACAGCUAGACAAGCUGCAGAAGGACGCCAAGACAGCAGAGGAAGCCUUCAACAAUGUGGUGAACUACUUCGGAGAGAGUGCCAAGACGACUCCACCCUCAGUGUUCUUCCCUGUGUUUGUGCGCUUCAUCAAGGCCUACAAGGAUGCAGUGGAAGAAAAUGAACAGAGGAAAAAGCAGGAGGAAGCAAUGAGAGAAAAGUUACUGGCUCAGGAGGCUAAACAGCAUGACCCCAAGGUCCAGGCCCAAAAGAAGAGGCACCAGCAGCAGGAGCUGAUCGCAGAGCUGCGCAAGCGGCAAGCCAAAGACCACCGGCCCGUGUACGAGGGCAAGGAUGGCACUAUUGAGGACAUCAUCACAGAUCUCCGAAACCAGCCUUUCCUGCGAGCUGACGCGUUGAUCCGGAGCGGUUGGAAGAGACCCUAAACCACUUAUUCGUCACUUAUACUCCCAUCCCCAUUAUAACCUUCCUCCCUGUGUCCCAAUGGUCUAUCUCAACCCUGAGGCUGCAGAUCACAAAGACUGAAAAGAGGGACAGGACAGAGCCCUUGUUUAAGCUGGGUAAUUUAUUUAUUUAUGGAGGCCCUUUACAGCCACUUUAAGUGAGCAGGCAUCAUUACAGAAGCACAAUGGGUUACUCCUGUCUCACUGCAAACACAAGACUUUCCCUGCUUUGUUGACACUGAGAAGCAGACCAGUCGGAGGACAACUACAAAGCAGGUGAGGUGAGUUGAGGACUGGCGGACCACAAAGCAGGAAGAACGGUGCUUUCACUAGCAAGUGCCUGCCAACAUGUGGAUCUUAUUCCCAAAACCGUUAAUUUCCUCAGAUUAUGCAGUCAUAGCAGGAUUUAGACUGGGAGACAGCCAGGGGAAGAUGCCAACUCUGCUGCUGGGAUGUUUGCCUUGAAGACACUUGCAAAACUUGCCUCCAAAUAACAGAGAAGCUUCGAUGUUAUAAAUGAGACAUUUGGGAACUGUUUCCUAUCAUUAAGCCGAGUCAUCACAUUCAGUCAGGACUUAUUGUUUGUUUAGAUUUCAAAUCGCAUGUAUCUGGGAGGAAAGACUAUCGAUUCUACUGGUCCCUUUGGACAAGCUAGCCAAACCAAAAUUUCUCGAAUGUCUCAUGUUUUGCUUAAGAAGUGCCUUUUUUGUGUAAACAGUGUUAUUUCUUGUGAGUCAGCCAUAAUGUGUUUAUUUUACAUCUUUAUUUGUUAAAGAUUGUAUUUUUUAUUGCCUUGUACUAUAACAUUAACCUUAUAAUACUGACAACAAUAUGCAACAGUUGAAAUUUCCAGCUUUAAAAAAGUAUACAACUAGAGGGUAAGGGAAAUAAUGAUUUUAAGAUUACUCUUAUUUACCUCUUUACUACGCCAGUGUCUUUAAGUCGUAACAAUUGACAUUUCUUUGUGCCUUGUCCAAGUAGUUCUUAAAAACUGAAUGUUAUACAUCUUGACAACACUUUCUGUCACACUUCAAGUGACAUUUGGGAAGUGACAAAUGUAUGAAAUAGAUUCCACAUGGACUGCUGUUUAAGGGCCCAGAUGACAUUAACCUGCUAUAGGUGGAUGAAGGACGUUUCCAUUCCUAUGAUGUCUUAUGUUUUAAUAGAGAUGAUGCAUUUCCUCCUAACAGCUGUUGAAACUUCCAUGACAUUGGCACAAAGGGAGUGAAACAUCUUUACACUACUUAAUCUGGCUUCACGUUGUAUGAGACACUAUUCUUUAAGUGGACAUUUAUAUUAAUGUACAUUCAAAUCAAGAAAUGUACUUUUUAGAAGAAAUGAUUCAUGAUACUGUCUAUUGACUGAAAGAUGACACUUCCUGUUUAAUAAAUAAGAUGAAUUAUGUAA